AUGAAUUUCAAUCAAGACGGUAUUGAAGAUUAUGAGGAGACUGUGUGUGCCUUGACAGGCAUGGGGUCUUAUUCUUAUACACCCAACAAGCUGGAUUUGGACUUAAAAAAUUAUCUCAGUCCACCAGCCAUGUCGUCUAUUAAAGAGCCACCCACUUUGGAGCUGAAAGAGUUGCCUAGUCAUUUGAGGUAUGUGUUCCUGGACAGCAGGAAUACACUACCUGUUAUUAUUGUGGAUGAAUUAGGAGAUUUCUUUGAGCUAUGUUUGGUGAACCAGAGUAGGUCCUUUCAGUGGUGUGAGGAGUUUGAUCGUGUGCUUAAUUGGGAGAAAUGUCACUUUAUGAUGAAGGAGGGCAUCAUUCUUGGACAAAAAAUUUUAGAAAAGGGGAUUGAAGUUGAUCGAGCCAAAGUUGAGGUUAUAAAGAAGCUUCCACCUCCUAUUUCAGUGAAGGAGGCAUUCGAAUGCCUUAAAGGAAAGCUGGUUGAGGCCCCUAUCAUUUUUGCACCAGAUUGGUCAAAAUCGUUAGAGAUUAUGUAUGAUGCAAGCGAUAGUAUUAUUAGACAGUGCAUCCCAGAAGUAGAUAUGUUGAGUAAACUGGAAGCGAUUCAUGCUUCCCCAGUUGAAGGUCUCCAUACAGGUGAUCGGACUGCAAGGAAAGUGCUUCAGAGUGGCUACUAUUGGCCCUCUUUGUUCAAAGAUGCCUAUGAGUUUAUGAAGAGGUGUGACCAAAGUCAAAGGCAAAGGUCCAUCUCAAAGCACCAUGAGAUGCUAAUGUCAAAAAUGCUAGAGGUUGAGGCAGUGGCUCUAGCAGAUAGCGAAGGAAAAAGAGUAGUUGCAUUCUCGAGGAGAAACAUCUUCUCUCGCUUUGGGGUACCACGUACCAUUAUCAAUGAUGGAGGAUCACACUUUUCCAACAAAAUGUUCAGAGCUACCUUGGCAAAAUAUAGAGUUAAGCAGCAUAAAGUGGCUACACCAUACUACCCGCAAACCAAAGGGCAGGUAGAAAUCUCUAAUCGAGAAAUCAAAGCUAUCCUUGCCAAGACUGUAAAUGAUAGUAGAAAGGAUUGGUCUAGGAAGCUGGAUGAUGCCUUAUGGGCAUAUCAAACAGCAUUCAAGAGACCAAAUGGCAUGUCACCAUACCAAUUGGUUUAUGGCAAGAUGUGUCAUUUGCCAAUUAAACUGGAGCAUCAAACUCUGUGGGCACUGAAUAAGCUUCAUCUGAAAUGGAAUGAGGCAGCGGAUAUGAGAAUAGGGUAG